AUGAGUCCUUCGCACCAUACACUCAACAUCCCACACACGGAGCUUGACACGGUGGAGGACCCUCUAACAAAUGGCGCCGACAGACCGCCAUCCCACACCGAGGAUCUUGCCCUCCUGGUUAGCGACGAUGAGGCCGAAUGUGACGACCUGCCUCUCAUCAACGACAUCCAAUCUCGGUCGAAGGACCCCGCUGCCGUCAUUUUCUUCGUCCGUUCAUCCAGGGCCUGGAAAGAAGGCAAGGUACCACCGACGGAAGCCUGGCUUCUUGGGUUCUGUGCGCAGCUUCAAGCGCGUUGGACAGCGGAGUUUGGUGAAUUCCUUGGACCGAUUCAACACAUUACUGCUGUGCAAUCUGCUGUCCUGCCCCUGAGGCCGAAGUACGACCAGCUGUUCUCGGAUUUCUUGAACAGCGUCGAGGGCAGAAGGGUGGAAUUGGUCGUUUCUGGGCGGGACGGGUUUCUCACGGACGAGCGAAAUUUCAGUGCUUUUCUGCAUAAAUUUCGCGGGAAACAUUGGAGCUUGACGGUAUACCGAACAGGGUAUGACACGUUCUUGCAUAUCGACCUCCGCCAGCUUCUGGCACACUGGGAGCAGCCGAUGGCAUCUCCGGCUGCUCCCAGGAGCGUGAUAGGUUUCGCGGGGGACCUACGGCAGGCGAGCGAGCGUCGCCUCGAGAUGGGGCAGGCCGGGCGCCGGCUCAAGGCAUUAGAACCCGGUGGCAGAAAUAAGAUCAGGGGAAAGGAGGGCAAUGCUGAUCUGGACGUCGAGGAGCGAGGUCCCGUUUCGUUAAAAACCUCUUCUACGUUUCACAUCGUCGAGUGUCAGCAUUGCCCUCGGGAGUUCCCCUCGGUCGGUGCAUACCAGAGCCACCAGGACCGUGUCCAUGGCGUCGACUUCUCGGCUCCGCCCACAUUCCGAGAGAUUAGUCGACAGAAAAAGUGCGGUCGCCAACCACCCAACCCUACUUCGUCGCUCCAGAGAGUGUUCCUUUGUGUAGACUGCCCGGAGGAUGGCCGGGACCAAUUCCUGACGUAUACAAGCUGGCAGAGUCACAGACGGAAUCGCCACCAGGGUGGGGGAAGCUCGGAUCCUUUGAUCCAAAUGGUUUGGAACGAUGAUCUUUUCGUCUUGCCCUUCGAAUGCGUGGUUUGUGGUAUGGACUUUGGCAGCAGAGAAAACGCACUGAAGCACCACCGACUGAACCACUCCGGUAGGUCCGACUCGGAUGAUCAAUAUCAGGUCUGCCUGGAGAACCACAAAUUCAAAUGUCCAGUCGAGGGCUGUGACUGGACUUUCCUCCGAUACAGCUCGUAUAUAUACCAUGCGAGCAAGUCCCACCCGGGCUCGCCACCGGAGGAGCCGGAGUAUCGGGAAUACCAGGGCAAGUUGCCGCCCAACGACCCCUACGAUAUUCUUGAUACCGAAUGUUCGCCGCUGCGAUCAUCGAGUCCUUCUUCUCACUCUUCCCUCUCUCAUCGAGAAACCCCCGCUCGAUUCGAAAUUUCACCUACAGAUGAAAACCGGCCCUGUCUACCAAUCCUUAUGGACUUGGAAGACGGUCCUCUUGACCAUCAAGACUGGGGGGGUCUUGACGAAAUACCUGAGACUUCCGACGCUUUUCUGUCUCCCUCCGCUGAUGAUGUUCUUAUGGCACCUCUCCCGCAACAUCCACCUGUGUCUGACGAGGUUCCCAUGACGCCUCUCCUGAGAUUCACAGUCUCGGAAUGCCCAUCCCCGCCCAACAUCAGCCGAUACCAUCCCUAUCUUGAUCCCCUCAUUGAUGACGUGACCGUGUAUCCCAUUUCCGAUCCGCUCCAGGGUAUCAUGUCGUACUUUGUCUGCUUCAAGUGA